AUGUGUAUACUUUGUUCAAGUGAACCUUUGGAAGACGAUGUCCGGAAACAUAAUCCUGAUGCAUUUCAUGUGGGCAUGAUGCAUGCUCCCGGUGCUGAUCCCAUGUGCUGUCUUGGUUCCUGUUUGUGUCCAUGCUGUGCACAAAUUAUCAUUCGUCGCAAGGCACUGAAUUACGAUAUGAGUAAUUACACGUGCUGUCAAGGCUAUAUGGAUGGUAUUGUGCCCUGUGCACGCUCUGGUAGCUGUGGUGAAUCCAGUUGUCCAAAUGGAUGCCUAUGUCUUGAGGCCUUUUGUUGCAAUGGCUGUGCAGUGUCGGCCACGCGCAUGAUGGUUAUGGACCGCUACCGUCUGCAGCCAGACAAGUGGGACAAUCGCAUUAUGCGAUGCAAUAAUUGUAUCCAGUUGGCAAGCUGUAUCUGCAGUCUACUGUCGAUCUGCAUUUCGGAGCUCGGUGACCUUGCGCACAUUCUGAACUGCAUUGCGCAGUGUACGUACGCAUCGACGCAGGGCUGCAUGACAGCACAAGUGAACGUCGAACUUCGCGAGCGUGAGAAGGCUUUUGAGGUGCCAGACCAGACCAUGGACCGUGUCUAA